UAUUAAUAAUCGAAGAUGGCAGCGCGAGAAUCUGGUAGAAUAAAAGAUGCGUAUCAGAAACGAGUACUCGAUGAAGCUGCUCGUAAACGUAGGCAAAAGAAGGCGUUGGAAGCCUUGGAACAAGAUAAUUUCCAUGACGAUCCUCAUGCCGAUUUGGUGAUGAACAAGAAAGUUCCCAAAUUCCAAGAGAGCUUAGACAACAGAGGUGGCAGGAGGAAGAAGGCUAGAUCGGCUGAAUACUACAAACAACGGUUUCGCAAAAGUUUUGCUCAAUUAGUAGAGGAAGAUCUGAACAUCAAUCCAAAUCCGCCUAACUACGCAUCUGCUCAAGCACCGCCAUCCCGAUUUCCCGAGAGACAGUUUUGUGCAGUUUGUGGUUUCCCUAGUAAUUAUACUUGCAUCCCUUGUGGAGCGAGGUACUGCAGUAUGAAAUGUUUAGGUACCCAUCUCGAUACAAGAUGCUUGAAAUGGACAGCUUAAUUACAUGCAAUCUUUCUAUUUUGUUUUGACAUAUUCUUCAUAAUUUUUUAUUGUAUGGAAAUAUAUAUUUAAUCGGAAGCAGAAAUAUGUAAGACUUAUCAUUGUAAAUACAAGUGUAAAUGAAGAAUGAGGAUGAAAUUAAUUUGUAUUUCUGUUGCAAGUUCUAUCAGAGAAGAAGUGAAAAAUAUACUGGAACAAAGUGUUUAUCGCUAUUUAAACACUGAAUUCUAAAUGGAA